CCGUAUCGUAAUGUGAAUUUUUUUGAGAGACCGAGACGUACAUACUUUUGUUGCUGCCAAAGUGGAUGUGGACGGAGGAAAAUAGUAAUAUUUAACUGCGUUGCGGGAGCGGGACAAUCGUCGUUUGCCAAUUGCGGCCACCGCUUAUGUCGGCUAAUCGGCUAUCAAUAAUAUUAGUAAUCGUAUCAAUAUCAAGUUACCCAUUACCCAUCGCGGAUACACAUUAGUUUUGCGAAGGGCAGAGCAGCGCAGAGCAUAUAGCGAAUAUUUCCAUUUGUUGCCAACAAGACUGUCGUUGUUGUUGUUAUUAUUGUGGCUUUUCAGUGACUGGGGAGAGCAGUGGGGGUGCGUUCGUAAUCCUUGUGAAAAAUCGGUGACCGUUCUUCUUAAAAAAAAAGCGAAAGAAAAAACCAUCGCGAUAAGAAAAUAUAAGAAAGAAAAAUCUGAUUGAAAACCAAAGAGCUGCUGCUACUGCUGCUGUGCGAGUGAGAGCGGUCGAGAGGUAGCUAGUGAGCGAGUGAGAAAGCUAUGUAUUGCAUUUGCAUUUCGUUGUGUGUGUCGUCGUUUUCGUUCGGUAAAAGUCGGUAAAAAGCAGAGCCUUUCCAAACCUAACCACUUUCGGGUAAACGGAAUCGGAAAAGGAACUGGGAAAAUCGAAAGAAAUUAAAUAAUAAUAUGCGUUACAUCGAUGGCAACAACAACAACAACAGCAGCGACCAUCAGCUAGCGACUCCUCUCUGAGCGAGAGAGCUAAUAGCUUUUCAGCUUUAGCUUUUCUUGGGCCAAUCGGAAAUUGUAUUUCAUUGAUGUGAAGGAGUACCACGGAUGAUAGAAACCCAUUGGGCAUUUGACUACUUUUAAGCACCGAAACCUGAAAGACUCCCGAAAAUACUCGAAUCUCACGUGCAGAAUCUCUAAGAAUCCCUAUUGGACUGUUUAAAAAUAUGUCGACAGCAAUGCGCACCACACUGCAGUCAGUUCCUGAGGCCCUGCCAGCGGAUAGCGUGUCCAAUGGCACAGCAUCCAAUGUAGCAGCACCGGCGGCGCCAGUAUCGAGCGCAACAAACGCGGUGCCACCACUGGCCGCCGUCUCCAGCACAACCGCCACCUACGCCACCAACUCGAUCAGCACAUCCUCGCAUUCGGUCAAGGAUCAGCAGCAGCAACAGCAGCAGCAGCAGCAUGAUUCGGCCAAUGCAAACAUUGUGUCACUGCCACCAACGACAACGCCAGUCGCCAACACUAACACAAUGAUGCCCAUUGUAACGUCCUCGAAUUCGGCCACCAGCAAUAGCACUGCGGCCACGCCCACGCCGGCCUCGGGGGCGGCAGCGACAGGUGGAGUGGGAUCUGUUUCCCAGGGUCCAGCGACCGUUUCGGCGUCAGCGGCCAACACCAAUCACUCGCACCAGCACAGCCACCAACACCACCACCAUGUGGCCAACAACAUGACCACCGACGGUGCCCGCUUGUCCAGCAACAAUUCGGCGGUGGUGGCGAGCUCAGCGAUUAACCACCACCAUCACCACACCCCCGGCAGUGGAGUGGCGCCCACCGUCAACAAGAACGUGCUUAGCACCCACUCGGCUCAUCCCUCCGCGAUCAAGCAACGAACCUCGUCCGCCAAGGGUUCGCCUAACAUGCAAAUGCGGAGUAGUGCUCCUAUGCGAUGGCGUGCUACUGAGGAGCAUAUUGGCAAAUACAAACUCAUAAAGACGAUCGGCAAGGGCAAUUUUGCCAAGGUGAAACUAGCGAAACACCUGCCCACUGGCAAGGAGGUCGCCAUCAAGAUAAUUGACAAGACCCAACUCAAUCCUGGGUCACUACAGAAACUCUUUAGAGAGGUUAGAAUAAUGAAGAUGCUGGAUCACCCCAACAUAGUUAAAUUGUUCCAAGUAAUCGAAACGGAGAAGACGCUCUAUCUGAUCAUGGAGUACGCAUCUGGCGGAGAAGUCUUCGACUACCUGGUUCUCCACGGACGCAUGAAGGAGAAGGAGGCGCGAGUUAAGUUUCGACAAAUCGUCUCAGCCGUGCAAUAUUGUCAUCAAAAAAGAAUAAUUCACAGGGACUUAAAAGCUGAAAACCUUUUGCUGGACAGCGAACUGAACAUCAAAAUCGCUGACUUUGGCUUUUCGAACGAGUUCACACCCGGCUCAAAGCUGGACACGUUCUGCGGUAGCCCGCCAUAUGCGGCACCGGAGCUGUUUCAGGGCAAAAAGUACGACGGACCGGAGGUCGAUGUUUGGUCGCUGGGCGUCAUCCUGUAUACGUUAGUGAGCGGUUCCCUGCCCUUCGACGGCUCCACCUUGAGGGAGUUGCGUGAACGCGUGCUCAGAGGCAAAUAUAGAAUUCCCUUCUAUAUGUCGACUGACUGCGAAAACUUGCUCCGCAAAUUCUUAGUACUGAAUCCCGCAAAGCGUGCUAGUCUGGAAACAAUCAUGGGCGACAAGUGGAUGAACAUGGGGUUUGAGGAGGACGAACUCAAGCCCUAUAUUGAGCCCAAAGCCGAUUUAGCCGAUCCCAAGCGGAUAGGUAAGACGGAAGCUCUAGUCGCGAUGGGCUACAAUCGAUCGGAGAUCGAGGCUUCGCUCUCCCAGGUGCGCUACGACGAUGUUUUCGCCACAUAUUUGCUGCUGGGUCGCAAGAGUACAGACCCGGAAAGUGACGGAUCGCGGUCUGGCUCCUCGCUCUCACUGCGCAACAUCUCGGGUAAUGAUGCGGGCGCCAAUGCUGGUAGUGCGAGUGUUCAGAGUCCCACGCACAGAGGAGUCCACAGGAGCAUAUCGGCGUCUAGCACGAAGCCAAGUCGCCGAGCCUCGUCUGGUGCGGAAACUUUGCGUGUUGGACCGACAAAUGCGGCAGCAACAGUUGCGGCGGCCACGGGAGCCGUUGGUGCGGUUAAUCCAAGCAAUAACUACAAUGCUGCAGGAUCAGCGGCGGAUCGAGCAUCAGUUGGCAGCAACUUUAAGCGACAGAACACAAUCGACUCGGCUACGAUUAAGGAGAACACAGCGCGACUGGCCGCUCAAAAUCAGAGACCCGCUUCGGCCACACAAAAGAUGCUCACCACGGCAGACACCACACUGAACAGUCCCGCCAAGCCGCGAACGGCAACGAAGUACGAUCCGACGAAUGGCAAUCGCACGGUCAGCGGCACAAGUGGCAUCAUUCCACGUCGCUCCACCACGCUUUAUGAAAAGACUUCGUCGACGGAGAAAACCAACGUUAUUCCUGCAGAGACAAACAGUGGAUCGGCAGCUCCCGCUGGAAAAGGUCAUACCAAAAGCGCGUCUGUCUCGAGCCCUCGCCCCUCUACAGACGGCUGCGUCUCGGUCUCAAAUGACCCGCUCGGAACGAGAGCACGAAACAACACAGCGCUGGAAUACUCGGGCACCAGCGGUGCCUCCGGCGACUCCUCCCAUCCGGGUCGCAUGAGCUUCUUCUCCAAACUCUCCUCACGUUUUAGCAAACGUCCCACAAUCGCAGACGAGGCGGCUAAGCCACGAGUUCUACGAUUCACAUGGUCAAUGAAAACCACAUCGCCCCUGAUGCCCGAUCAGAUAAUGCAAAAGAUCAGGGAGGUGCUGGACCAGAAUAAUUGCGACUACGAACAGCGGGAAAGAUUCGUCCUGUGGUGCGUGCAUGGAGAUCCCAAUACGGACUCACUGGUGCAAUGGGAAAUAGAAGUGUGCAAGCUGCCACGACUCUCUCUGAAUGGAGUGCGCUUCAAGCGAAUUUCCGGCACCAGCAUUGGCUUCAAGAACAUUGCGUCGCGCAUUGCUUUUGACCUCAAGCUGUGACUUAACCAAACGAACAACGAGGGGAAUGCGGCCGCCACCGCCUCGCGGCCCACUGAUCCAACUGACACCAUGACCACCACCAAUUGUCGGAGGCCUAGCAACGACAGCACCUCCCGGCUGUCGGAGCUCUCUCUUCUAUGCCGCUCACUAACCAGCCAGCAGGGCUCCCAGCGGCGUAAGAAGAGCAGGCUGUCCACAGGUGGUAGCGAGGAUCAGAAAAAAUCGAACUCGUUGCUGUCGGCGUUCCAAAUGUACUCUCCCUUCAGUUCCAAGGAGAAUAUGCAGUCCAGCGAGGAGGUUGAAGAUCUACACGUGAUUGACACACAGCCAGGUCACUCCGUGGAUGUGCCACUCUUCGCUGACUUUAGCCCAAUAAAUCCGAUUAUGGAAGAGGAUGCUGAGGGCGUUGAAGGCGGCAAAACCAGUGAAGCCAAAGUCAUUAGUGGUGGCAGUGGGCAAAAGGUCAAAGGCGAUGGCGGUGGCGGUGGUGGGGGCAAUCGAUUGAAGAGGAACAUCAAGCACACCGGGAGCCUGAUUGUGCGCAAACUAACUGCCGGAAGGCACAAUGAUGCGGACAAGAAGGGUGCGAUUAGGAAGAAGGAUAAGGAGCAGCAGGAGGUGGCGGACACGGAUAAGGAGAGACCAACCAGCAAGCCGGAGGGCAAGGUAGCCAUGCUGCGCACCACAACCCUCUAAUGGAAUGGAACGAGGGCGUGGCAUGAGCAGUUUGUAUCUAUUGAAUGAGUGAAUAUGAAGGCAAUGCGGCGAAUACCCUGCUGGAAUCUCAAGAAAUAAUUAAUGUUAGCAUCUCUCCGUAGAUCGAACGUAUUGAUAUAUUACUACACAUUACAAUCAAGCAGACAAACUCCUCUAUCUAUCCACACUGACAUGCAUUAGCACCCGCAUAGAUACGCACAUAUUUACAUACGUUAUUUAUUAGGAACCUAGUUAAUGGGCCAGCAAUAUAUGUCAUCGCGCAGCUUGCAAGAUGGAACAGAAGUGAAUAUAUAAGGGUAACAAACACACCACUCAAUAAAACCGUAACAAUAAAUAUUAACAAGAAACCAAUCAACGCUCUAUAAACUGCAUUUAUGUGUCGAUAUCCAGUAAUCAAUUUGCUUGGCAAACAAACGAUCAAAGAACACAAACUCAUAGAUAUCCGACUCGGGUUGUUUCUUCAUUAAAUUGCACUUUCAAGAAAGUCGUCUGUGGCAGCACGUAGCGAUAGUGUCGUGGUGUGAUUAGUUCAUGAUAUCUCAUUCUACUCUAUUGAAGUGUGCCCAAUAGCAACGCCCCGAACAUCUAUUGUAAUUAUUAUACCCGUGCUCGAAUAUGUAGUUGGUACUUAUACAUGAAAUUUUUGUUAAUUUCCCUCUAUUUGAACAGUUCAUAGAACACACAGACAGCAAAUGUAUGUAUACUAUUAUUAAGGCUUCAGGAUUACUAACAACACCACUCCGAGACAAGUAACAAUGCGAUGCAAUGAUGGCCAAUGUUACCUAGUUUCCAGCAAGUUCACUUAGCCCCGAGGAAAAGACGAGCCAGUGGUUUUUAGGGCCGUUCUACAUGCAAUUGUUGAAUGUUUCUAAAACAUACCUUAGGGAGGAGCGAUCUCAAGUGAGAUGUAGAAAAGAAAAAGACGACCAUUUAUCUAAGUUGUGGAGGCUCAAAAAACAGUCUAUAUAUAUAUACCAAAACAUAUACAAAGUUGCACAUCAAGUUGUCUUCAUCAUGAUUGUGACGCAUUUCUGUAAUUCUUAACUUUCGAGAAAAGCAUGCAUCGUUUUAUAUAUUUGUUGUUAAAUGACAGCUAAUUGAAACUUAUUAAUAAUUACUAGGACUAGGCAAGAACGCGCAUGAACCCACAUACAUAGGUAUAUAAUACGUGCAUAAAUAUAUAAAGCAAGCAGCUUAUUACAUAUACACCAAGAGCUAUCCUUAGUAGAUCGGCGGACUACCUUUACUAAAGGAGACACAUAUACUUCACAUAACUUCACCCCUUCUUUGUUUUUUUGUUGUCAGCAAUCUGCGGUCAGUAAUAUAAAUCGGCGCACCCAGAUCCACAUUGCACAAUAGCUAGAUGUAUACUUAUUUCUGAUAUUUAUUUUGAUUUACAAACGGUUGAGUUAAUGUAAAACAAUGCAAAAUGAUUGAGAACACCAUUAAAUCAGUUAUGAUAAAGCCGAUUAUAGAAUUUACGAAUAAUCAUGUUGUAAGAAUAUCUGAUAUACAUACAUACAUAGAUGUUUUAAUUAAUAAAUAAAAAAUGGCAUAACUAU